CAUGUGGAGCUGAAAGCCCCAGGCUGUGAUGCAGCCCCCUGGGAUGAAGUGAGUGGGUGCUAUGCUCCUGAGCUGUGUGAGGGAGGGGCUGCUGCAGGCUCUGUGUGGGUGGGCAUUGUGACAUCGGCAGGCCGUGUGGCCUGGAAGCCCUUCAAGGUUUAGCUAAAGGCAGGCGGCCACGGACUCCAUGCUGGCAGGACAUGACCAAGGAGGGGAAGGGCUCCGAGCAGCUUCCCGAAGCAAUAUGCAUCGCAGGGCCCGGGAGCAAGGUCGCCAAGGACCUCCAGGUCCUGGUGAAGAAGGUGGCGGGCCAGCCUGAGGUCCUGCUCAUUGGGGAGACGCUGGAAGGCAAGGACAUCCACGGGAUGAUGGACACCUUCGUCAAGGACCUCUUUACCACCAACUGCUUCCCCAUCCACCCCGGAGAUUCCCUGAAGGAGCCCUUGGCUGCCACCACCUGCAAUAUCGGGGGCACGCCAUGUCAGCUGAUCUUCUUCCUCUGCCGGGCUUCCUGCCUCCAGGGAAAGCAGAAGGAGCUCCGCAGGGUCAUCAAGGAGGUGAAGAAGUUUGUUGAGAAGUCCCCCUGUGCCCUGGUGGGCAUCGUCAUGGACCCCAAGACUUCGGAGGCGGAGGCCGCCCGCGACCAGCUGCUGCGCAUGCUCCGGGGCGCCUUCCCCAAGGGGUCUGCACAGAAGCAGAGCAAGGCUGGAAAGGCUGCGGAGGAGGUCAAGAACGGCCCGAUGGAGCUGGAGGAUGUGGAAGUGGAAGCGGAGAUCUACACCCCAGGCCACCCGCGGGGGAACCUGGCCAUCGUGAAGGCAGCUUGCAGGGCUUCUGAAGCCCUGAUCAAAUCCAAAGGUGUGAGGCUCCUGGUUCUGGCACAGGGGUCAUAUAAGGCAGCAGGGGCUCCCCCAAGGUUGAUUGGUGGCGCCCUCUAG